UUUACAGUUCAUAUGGACAGAGUUUGAACACAAGCCUUUAUGUUGGUGAAACGCUAUUUAGCAUUCUUAUUUGUGUUGCGGGUUUAGUUUUGUUCGCACAACUUAUUGGCAACAUGCAGACCUAUCUGGCUUCUACAACAGCAAGACUUGAAGAAUGGAGGGUGAAACGAAGAGAUACAGAGGAAUGGAUGAGGCACCGACAAUUACCUCCAGAUCUUCAAGACCGUGUUCGUCGUUUUGUUCAAUAUAAAUGGCUUGCUACAAGAGGAGUAGAUGAAGAAGAAAUAUUGCAGGCUUUGCCCUUGGACCUCCGACGUCAAAUCCAAAGGCAUCUCUGUCUUGCCCUUGUUCGCCGUGUUCCUUUCUUCUCACAAAUGGAUGAUCAACUUCUAGAUGCAAUAUGUGAACGUCUCGUCUCAUCCCUAAGCACCAAGGACACAUACAUUGUUCGGGAAGGAGAUCCAGUGAAUGAGAUGCUUUUCAUCAUUAGAGGCCAGCUUGAGAGCUCCACAACUAAUGGUGGACGGUCUGGAUUCUUCAACUCCAUUACUCUCAAACCCGGUGACUUCUGUGGUGAGGAAUUGUUAACGUGGGCCUUAAUGCCCUCCUCAAACCUAAACCUUCCAUCCUCAACCCGAACCGUCCGAUCCCUUACUGAAGUCGAAGCAUUCGCACUUCGAGCAGAAGACCUCAAGUUCGUCGCAAACCAAUUUAAACGUCUUCAUAGCAAGAAACUACAACAUGCUUUCCGAUACUAUUCCCACCAAUGGAGAACUUGGGGGGCUUGCUUCAUACAAGCCGCGUGGAGGCGCUUAAAAAGGAAGAAGUUGGCAGAUGAAUUGUCGAGACAAGAGAACUUAUAUUAUAUGCAACUUUCCGAUGGAGAGGGCAAUAAUGGUGACGAUUAUGAGGAUAGUGGUGGUGAAAGCCCAGCAAUGGACACCAGCGUACAACAGCUCAGUGCUACAUUCUUGGCCUCAAAAUUUGCUGCAAAUACUAGAAGAGGGGUUGCUCACAAAGUGUCAUUGGUUGGCCCUCCUGCAAUGCCAAAGCUGUUUAAGCCUGAUGAGCCUGAUUUCUCUGCUGAUUGAGAAAGGCUGUUUUGAUAUAGAUUAGAUAAUUUUAGGAGAGAGGAUACAUGAUAAACAAACAAAAUAUUUCAUUUCAUGUGCAUUUAAGUCUGUGAUGAUUAAUUGUAAUUCGAUUUUUUGAUCAUUGCUUGCCAGUGGUGGAAUCAAGAUUUUGACUCAAUUGGUGUCAAAUUAGGAACUAA